AUGAACGAGGCCGCGGGCGACGCUGGGUACGCGUACGGGGACGUCCCGCCUGCGUACGAGUUCUCGGACCCGGCGAUCCCGUGUGUGAUCCCUGACGCGAACGACGUGAGGAUGAGCCCGAGCGAGGAGCAGUUGCUGCACCACUCAAUGGCGCACCCGUGGACGACGACGCCGUACAACGUCACGGACCGAUCCGGGCAGUCUGCUCGUGCGACCACUUGGCGCUCGAUCCAGGCCGCAGCCGGCGCCGUUGUGGUGUCCGCUCUGCUCGUGCCUUUCGGCGCGGGCUUCAUGGUCAUCGAGGCUGGAUCGUUCGGCGUCGGCUCUUUCGGACUGCUCAUGGUGACAGACUUCAUGCUCCGCGUAGGAGCUGCAUCCCUUAACCGCCGUCGGGUGGACCGGGUCACGAAGACGUCGACCAUCGCGAACAGCCACGAGACUUACACAACCUCACCCCGUCUGAAUAGGCCAAGGCUUCCGGAGUGCAGCGUCACCGUCGUUGGCUACCGCGAGAACGAGGCUGCCUGGGAGAACUGCCUGGAGUCGAUUAAGGCCCAGCAGUAUCCCGUGAAGCACAUCGUCGCCGUCAUCGACGGCAACCAGCUUCCGGACAUGGCGAUGGUCUCCACCUUCUCGAACGCCUUCGCCGAGAAAGAGCGUCUCACCCUGCCCACCCGCUACGAGUCCUUCAAGGCCUGGUGGGCCGGCAGCUCGACCGCCGGGCACGCGGAGGCGCACGACGCCGCGCUCAACUACGUGCUCGACUACGUGUACACGAAGGCGACGAUCCAGAAGUGGACGCAGUACCGCGCGCUGUGCUUCACGCAGCCGCACGCGCACAAGCGCCACGCGAUGUUCACCGCGUUCAUCGUGGGGACGUAUGCGCUCGGCACGAAGGAUGCGAUCCUCACCACCGACAGCGACGCGCGCCUCGACCCCGCCGCCGCGUCGAACCUCAUGGCGAUGCUUUACAGCGACGCUGAGAUUGCGGCCGUCACGGGCGACGUUGACGUCGACCGCCGGGAGUCAUCGUUCCCCAACGUCUAUGCGCUGAGCAACUGGUUCUCGUCGAACGUCGACGCGCCCUGCCAGAGCUUCUUCGGCUCUGUGAGCCGUCUCUCGAGCCCCAUGGCACUCUACCGCGUCAGCGACCUGAUGGACGUUGUCAGCCCGUGGAUCAUGCAGACGCACUUCGGGAAGCACGUCGUUACUGGAGAGGACCACCAUCUCGCUACUGAGCUGCUCAGUAAGGGCUUGAAGACCGCACACACGCAUGCGGCGAAGGCGUAUACCGAUGCGCCGUCAAGCUAUGUGCGGUGGAUCAAACAGCAGACGCGCUGGUCUAGGGCGAGUUACCGCGAGGCGCUGUUCAGCUCGCCUAGGCUGAACAACACCAACCCUUGGCUCGCAGUGGAGGCUACCAAGGACCUGUACUUCCCCUUGGUCCUCGUGGCGUCGGUGUUGUACCUCCUGUUCACGCCUACGCACUGGGAACAUUUGCCCAUAUUCCUCGCCACUAUCGCCGGUGCCGUUGCGGUGAAGACGCUUUACGCGGUCGUCGCUAGCCGGGAUCUCCGCCUAGCUCUCUAUCCCGUUAACCAGGCUAUGUUCUUCCUCGGUGUCGUGCCAUCCCGAGUGUUUGCGCUAGUCACCACAUAUAUCACGCGCUCAGAGUGCUUCUACUCGCGCACCAAGCACGUCGGCCACCUCCUCGUCUGGUACGCCGUCCUCUGCAUGGGCCUCGCCUCCUACCUCGCCACCGCGCGCGCGCAGCCCUCCCUCUGGCUCGUCGCUAUCCUCGGCCCCGCGCUCGCGCUCCACGCCUACGCGGACGUCUUCGCAGCCAAGACACGCUUCUUCGUGCACGCGCCGCGCCACCUCCUGCAGAGCCGCGCGAAGGCGUUCGACAUUGAGGCCGAAGCCGCGUCGCCGAUUGCGGCAGGCCGGCGCUCGUCGAUCGUGAAGCCGCUGAGGAAGGACAGCGCGUACGAGGACGAGCAGUUCGAGGCGCAGACGGCGGCGAUCCCGUUAGACCCGAUGCGGAAGGGCUCGGUUCUCUACGGAGAUGUCAUGGAGAAGGUGUUCUCUUGCGACAGCAGGCGGCCGUCUAUGAUGUAG